CACACCACACCCUUGCAUUGCUGGCAGGAGGAGAAGGGGAUGAGGAAGAAGACAAGCACACCAAUGUGUGGAAGAUGAGAUUUGUUUCGGUCUAACAAAAGUUACCUCGAGAUACCAAUAUCAUGAGACAUGUCCAGGAGAGAGCAAGAAGCAGCAGCAGCAGAAGCAGCUAGCUGCUGCCUGUGAUUGAUCCCACUACAAAAUUCAGGCAGCUCCAAAAAACCAGAUGAGCUCCACUCUGAUGGCGGCUUCUUGCUGCCGCUGCUUCGUCUCCUACAAGAGACCUCGCCCAAUCAUUGCCACCACCACCUUUGUCUUCUUCUUCCUCUUCCUCCUCUUCUUGCUCGCCGCGGAGGCUGGCGCGACGCCGCCCAGCAAUGGCACGGCGGCGGCGCUCCGCCCCGGCGAGGAGCUGCUCCGGUUCCAGCGGGUGAAAGAACGGCUCGCCGGGAUGAGGAGAGCUUCCGUCAAGUCGAUCCAGAGCCCUGACGGCGACGUGAUCGACUGCGUGCCGUCGCACCUGCAGCCGUCGUUCGAGCACCCGAGGCUGAGAGGCCAGAAGCCGGAGGAGGAACCCACGGCGAGGCCGACGGCGAGGAGGAGGAGGAGGAGGAGUCGCGGCCAUGGCAGCGGCGGCGAGGUGGAAGCCGGCGACGGCGACGAGCACGGGUUGCAGCAGGCGUGGUGGGCCUCCGGGGAGUCGUGCCCGGAGGGGACGAUACCGGUGAGGCGAACGACGGAGGCGGACCUGCUGCGAGCCAGCUCCGCCGCCGGCAGGUUCGGCAUGAAGCCCCGCGGCGGCGGCGCGGCGCGGCGAGACUCCACCAGCAGCGGCCACGAGCACGCGGUGGGGUACGUGAGCGGGGGUCAGUUCUACGGCGCGAAGGCGAGCCUGAACGUGUGGCCGGCGCAGGUGGCGUCGCCGGCGGAGUUCAGCCUCUCCCAGAUCUGGCUCAUCUCCGGCUCCUUCGCCCACGACCUCAACACCAUCGAGGCCGGAUGGCAGGUGAGCCCUCAGUUGUACGGCGACAACAACCCAAGGUUCUUCACAUAUUGGACAAAUGAUGCGUACCAGGAGACGGGGUGCUACAACCUGCACUGCUCAGGGUUCGUGCAGACCAACAGCCGGAUCGCCAUGGGCGCCGCCAUCUCCCCCAUCUCCUCCUUCGCCGGCCGCCAGUUCGACAUUACCCUCCUCAUCUGGAAGGACCCGAAGCAGGGGCACUGGUGGCUGCAGCUGGGGUCGGGCGCGCUGGUGGGGUACUGGCCCUCCUUCCUCUUCACCCACCUCGGCGCCCGCGCCGACAUGGCGCAGUUCGGCGGCGAGGUCGUCAACACCCGCCCCUCCGGCGCCCACACGCCCACCCAGAUGGGCAGCGGCCGCUUCCCCGCCGACGGCUACGCCCGCGCCGCCUACUUCCGCAACGUCCAGCUCGUCGACUGGGACAACAACCUCAUCCCCGCCGCCGCGCUCCGCCUCCUCGCCGACCACCCCUCCUGCUACGACAUCGCCGGCGGCCAGGGCGCCGCCUGGGGCACCUACUUCUACUACGGCGGGCCCGGCCGGAACUCCCGCUGCCCCUGACUUCAAUUAUUCAAUCCAGGAAAUUAUACGAGGAAUUAAUUCUUCUCUCUCUCUCUCUCUCGAUCGCUCUUCUUCUUCUUCUUCUUCUUCUUCUUCUUUUCCUGGUUCCA